AAGCUCUCUCAUCCAGCUAACUAAUGGAAGUAGCUAGCAAACGUACGUAUUCUUCUUCACCAUCUGUUUCUUGGGGAAAUUAAACCCCAGUACGCGUACGUCACAAUCGCGCGCAAUGGAGAAGGAGAAGGAGAAGUCCAGGGCCAGGCCGUCGAGGGGCCACUGGCGGCCCGGCGAGGACGACAAGCUGCGGCAGCUCGUCGACAAGUACGGCCCGCGGAACUGGAACUCCAUUGCUGAGAGUCUGGAGGGGAGAUCAGGCAAGAGCUGCCGGCUACGAUGGUUCAACCAGCUUGACCCGCGGAUCAACCGGCGGCCCUUCACGGUGGCGGAGGAGGAGCUGCUCCUGCGGGCGCACCGCGCCCACGGCAACCGCUGGGCGAUCAUCUCCCGCCUCUUCCCGGGCCGCACCGACAACGCCGUCAAGAACCACUGGCACGUCGUCAUGGCGCGCCGCCGCCGCCGUACCCUCGUCGGCGAGGCCGCAGCCAUCGGCUCUGUCGUUGUACCGCCUCGUCAUCAGUACUUCCAUUUUGGAAGCUGCUCGCCGCCGCCGCCGACCCGCUCGCUGUGCUUCGCGGUGCCUGCAGGUUUCGGUCCGCUCGGACUCAGCAGACCAGCUGCAAGUUGCGGUGUCAGGAACUGCAAUGUGCCCACUGCCGUCGCAUUACUGGACGACGGCCAUCGUCAUGACAUGAGCAAAGACCUUGGUGGCGACGAUGACAAUGGCGGUGAUGCGCUUGCAAAGAGGAAGGACGUGCAAUUCUUCGACUUCUUGGGCGUCGGGAUCUAAAGCAAAAUAAUGAUGCUACUAAUGGUACAUUAAUUAGUACACUACAUUUCAACGAUACACUAUUGGGGUCUUCUUUUCCGUCGAAGAUUCUUUUAAAAAACAUCUUCGACAAAAUGAUACAAAGGAUCACCGAAGCCACCUUCAGUCUCGAUUUAUCUCCUCAAGACGAAGACUCUGUAUAGAGCCGACAGUGCAAGAUGCCGAAGCUCAAUGGCCUCAGCCCACAUCAAGCAAGGAAGGAAAAAGGACUAGAUAGGCCUUAUUGGUUUUAAUUACUUGUAAACAAGUGUUCAAGGGCAUGGAUGUAAUUUUACCGGGCUGCGUCCCGUGACUAUAAAUAGAUGAACAGUACCCCGACCGUACUAUUCACGCUGGAUUGUAAUCACUCUCGCAUCAUCCUCGUUCUCUCACCUUUUGGCAAGCCGAAAGUACCAAUAUAAUAUGAAUAUUGUUGAUGUU